UCACUGAGCUCUUUGUGGUCUCUCGAUUGCAGUGCUCCAUCCAUCAACCUGACCACCUGCAGGUACGAGAGCGGUAAGUCCGAGGCGCCGCAGGAUGUCCCGUGGGUGCCACCGACAGCGAGGGAGAAGGGCUGGUGCCGAGUCCCCUCCCCGUGCUCGCUUUGGUUUUUACAUCCAUCGGUUGCAAGUGGCCUGGACCCGUGUGAGGUGUGGGGUGUUGCGCCCCCUGCACCGAGGUGCCCUGCUUUGGCAUUAAAUCUGAUAGAAUUGGGGGCAAGGAGCUGUGGAAUCACAGAAUCCCAGGCUGGACCAGGCACAGCAUGACCUAGACUGGAUGUCCCAGCACCCUGUCCCGACAAACCUUAACUGUCCAAUGCUGGGCAGCCACCACUUCCCUCGGGACAUAAGUCCAGUGACAAGGGUUUAGUUAGGAGCAGUUGCAAUGCAAGACUAGCACCUGCGCACCUGUUAAACAUAAAGGCAGUGAUGACAGAACAUGCAGGAUUGGUUCCUGGAGCUUUUCCCUGUGCUGUCUGCUUCCAGUGAUGUUCCAAGGAGCUGGUCCCCUCCUGCCCUGCUCCUCUUCAUUGCCACAAGCACUCUCUUAACAUCCAUCAAAUGCCAGGAGCCUGUUAUUAGCCAGUUUGCUAAUGGCUGUUCUCGCUAUGUGACCACGCUGUUGAAGGUCACAGCAUGAGGAACAUGGGGUUUAGGCAGCGGGAUGGGCGCUGCACGUUUCACCCAGGGCCGUGCUGGGGCAGUUUGGUGGUGGGAGGCAGAUGGGACCCACGGCAGGAGGUGGUUGGCAAGGAGCAGAACCAUUUCACAACUGUUCCUGGCAUGCAGUGACCUUCAUCAACUCCCCAGCCCUGCGAGAGGCCCGGUUCAGAACUGGUGCUGACACAGACCUGCUGCAGGGCUUGUGCGUUCCGCUGCUGGGUUGCUUUUGAUUUCAAAGAGCAGACUCGUACCUUCAGGAGGCUCGCGUCUGCCUGCGUGGUGUCAGGCCCAGGGCGUAUUCAAGCCUGCUUCUAGUUCAGGAGGGACCCUGAGCAUGUGGGCUUAGAGGGCUGAUGGCUCCCAGCACAGCCGCAGCCAGGGGCUGAGGUGGGUUUAGGCAGGUAACACUUGUGUUCAGGCCACCUGCCGCUGGUCCCACUGGUGCCCUGCAUCUCAGAGGGGAGCUGCAGCUGCAGAGCUUGGUUCCAUGCUCCAGCCCUGGUUCCCGUGGGGAUUUAACAGACCCUGGUACUUAGGUGCCCUGCUUGGCCCUUGUCACCUGCUUGCUUUGGCACAGUGCGGCGGGCAGCGCAGUGCUGCGGGCUGAGAGAGGUGGGAGAGGACGAGGAGUGGACGGUGUAUUGGACAGACAACUCGGUCUCCUUGGAGCGUGUCAUGGAAAUGAAGCGCUUUCAGAAAAUCAACCACUUCCCAGGCAUGAUCGAGAUCUGCCGCAAGGACUUGCUGGCUCGGAACCUCAACCGCAUGCUCAAGCUCUUCCCUAAGGAGUACAAGAUAUUCCCCCGCACUUGGUGCCUGCCAGCAGACUACGGAGACUUCCGGGCCUACGGAGGCACGAGGAGAAAGCGAGCGUUCAUCUGCAAGCCAGACAGCGGCUGCCAAGGGAAGGGGAUCUUCGUCACCCAUAACCCCGAGGACAUCCAGCACGGGGAGCACAUGAUCUGUCAGCAGUACAUCUCCAAGCCUUUCCUCAUUGAUGGCUUUAAAUUUGACAUGCGCCUCUACGUGCUGGUCACGUCCUGUGACCCGCUGCGGGUCUUUGUCUACAAGGAGGGGCUGGUCCGGUUUGCCACCGUGAAGUACAUCGAUCCCAGCAGCGGGAAACCGGUAAAAAAGGGAGGUUUCCAAGGAACUCACACAGCGUCUGAUGAUAUCUGCAUGCACUUGACCAAUUAUGCUAUCAACAAGCGUAACGAGAACUUCGUCCAGCAUGACACCAUGGGCAGUAAGAGGAAACUGUCCACCCUGAAAGCCUGGAUGACGGAAAACAGCUACAACACAACAAAGCUCUGGGAAGACGUUGAAGAUAUUAUUAUAAAGACUCUUAUUUCAGCUCACCCUGUUUUGAAGCACAAUUACCAAAGCUGCUUCCCAAAGCACACCUCUGGCUCUGCCUGCUUUGAGAUACUGGGGUUUGAUAUUUUGCUGGACAGAAAGUUGAAGCCGUGGCUGCUGGAGGUGAACCAUUCCCCCAGCUUCAGCACGGACUCUCGCCUGGACCGAGAGGUGAAGGAUGCUCUUCUCUGUGACACCAUCAACUUGAUAAAUGUGAAUGCCUGUAACAAAAGGAAGGUGUUGGAGGAAGACAAGCAGCGGGUAAAGGAACGGCUCCUCCAGUCUCAUCAGACUUCCCGUGCAUCCAGGUAUUGGCUCCCAAGCGGGCGAAGAUGCUCGCGCGGGCCCGGGCCCGCAGGCAGUGAGUGCCCGGGCGGUGCCGUGUCCCUUGGCAGGCGUGAGGAGCUGCAGAGCAGCCAGGAGGCCUGGCUGUGCCAGGCGCAGCUGUACGAGGACGCGCACCUCGGCGGGUACCGGCGCAUCUACCCGGCCCACGGCACCGAGCGCUACGAGCGCUUCUUCAAGCACAGCGGCUCCCUCUUCCGGGAAACAGCCGCAUCCAAAGCACGGGAGGAGUGUGCCAGGCAGCAACUGGAGGAAAUUCGCCUGAAAAAGGAGAAGUUUGAAGCUGCCAUCAUGAAGAAGAAAGCGGAGAGGAAGGAAGAGCUGCACGGAGAGUCAGGAGGGGACAAACCCCGGACCAGCACUACCAGCACAGCUCCUUCAGCCCGCCUCACCUCCAGAAGCAGCAGGAUAUGGGAUAGGAAGGCACAGCACACGCAGGUCGACUCCACGCAACCCCAGGAUAUUGUGGCAAAUGAGGAGAAGAAAAGAAUAAAUGCUCUGCUGCAGCGUGAGAACCUUAUCCGAAGCCUGGGCAUCAUAGACCAGCUCUCCCGCCUGCAACCUGCACCCCAGCCACCAGCUGACAUGCAGAGGUCCCUCCCUGCUGACUGCAAGAGCCAGGUAACUGAAGAGCACCCAGACCCCUCCUGCGUGGCCAGCGCAGGAGACAGCCAUUCCCAGGAGGAUGGCGAGGAUGGAUCGCAGGCAUUGAGCAUCCCUGGCUCAGUCAGAUGAGAUCCAACACAG